UGCGCACCGAGCCGCAUGUCCGGGCCGCGGAGGCUCGCCCUGCUGGGACUCGGCCUGCUGGUGUCCGGGGCGGCUGCCGCGGGGCGCUGCCGGGCCAGGCUCUGGCCGCCGCCGCCGCCUCUCCGCGCCAUGCAGAGCGCCGCGCCCGCGCCCGGGCUCCGGUACCUGGGUCAAAAGGAAGCCCAAGCCAUUGACCAGGAACUGUUUGAGGAGUACAAAUUCAGUGUCGACCAGCUGAUGGAGCUGGCGGGACUCAGCUGUGCCACGGCCAUCACCAAGGCCUACCCCAGCAGCAGCUUCACCAUCAGCCGGCCAGCGGUACUGAUCGUGUGCGGCCCUGGGAACAACGGAGGAGAUGGAUUAGUUUGUGCCCGUCAUCUGAAAAUGUUUGGCUAUGAGCCAACCCUCCAUUAUCCCAAACGCCCCAACAAGCCGCUUUUUGAAGGUUUGACUACCCAGUGCAAGAAGAUGGGCAUCCCAUUCCUCACCGAGUUUCCAUCUGAAGCUGCCCUCAUCGACGAGGUCUAUGGCCUGGUGGUGGAUGCCGUUUUCGGGUUCAGCUUCCAGGGAGCUGUGCGGGAGCCGUUUGGCACGAUCCUGAGCACUUUGGAGAAGGUCACCAUCCCGGUGGUCAGCAUCGAUAUUCCUUCGGGCUGGGACGUGGAGAAGGGGAACCCUGACGGGCUGCAGCCGGACAUGCUGAUCUCGCUCACCGCGCCCAAGAAGGCCGCCGGGCAGUUCCAGGGGCGCUACCAUUUCCUCGGGGGCAGGUUCGUGCCCGAGGCCCUGCAGAAGAAGUACGCACUCAACCUGCCGCCCUACCCGGAGACUGACUGUGUCCUGCGCCUUUCCUAGAGCCAGGCCUGGCCCGGCGGGGUGGAGCCAGCUCAGGGAAGGGCCCCGAGGCCCAUCCACUGGGGGUGGAGUUGUGGGGGAGCUGGUGCUGUGGGAGGCAGCCCAGAGGUCCCGUGGGGCUACAUUCCAGCACCCCCCCAGGAGGAAGUCCAGGGAGGCUUGCUUAAUUUGAUUGCAAUUCAGAUCAGUGCAAGGGAGUAACCCUUUGCUAGUCUCUAAAGGAGUCUGUCCACACCUCAUAUAAAUUGGGGGUUUGUUUCCCUUGAAUAAAAACGAGCCGGGGGA